UCAAUUGUGCCAAUAUAUAGCCGAAAAGAGAUGAUUUCUGAGUGUCCCUCAGGCUUUUGAGACCAAGAACAAAGACAAGCACUUCACAAUGGCACCAAAGAAAGCCAAGAAGAAGGAAGCAGCCAGCUCCAACGUGUUCAGCAUGUUUGAGCAGUCACAGAUCCAAGAGUUUAAAGAGGCUUUCACCAUCAUGGACCAGAACAGGGACGGCUUUAUUGACAAAAAUGAUCUGAGGGAUACGUUCGCUGCUUUGGGACGUCUCAACGUGGGCAACGAUGAGCUUGAUGAGAUGCUGAAGGAAGCCUCCGGCCCCAUUAACUUCACCGUCUUCCUCACCAUGUUCGGCGAGAAGCUCAAAGGCACAGAUCCCGAAGAGACGAUUCUCAAUGCCUUUAAAAUCUUUGAUCCAGAGGGCACGGGCAUUCUUAAAGGAGAAGAGAUAAAAUAUCACCUUAUGUCCCAGGCAGACAAAUUUUCUGAGGCCGAGGUAAACCAGAUGUUCACAAACUUCCCCUUGGAUGUGGCUGGCAACCUGGACUACAAAAACCUGUGCUACGUCAUCACCCACGGAGAGGACAAAGAACAGGAGUAAAGACUACAUUUCCCAUGUUUUUCCAUGUUUGUUCAAAGUCUGUUUGUGUGGUGUCUAUCCCUGAGCUCCGUACCUGCCUUUUGUCAAUAAAGAGAUACAAAACAA